GGCCGGGCCCCGCGUCCCCGGGGAGGUUGGGCGCCCGCCCCGCUGCUCUGCCCCGCUCGCUGGCGGCUGCUGCUGCCGCCCCGCGCUGCUGAGGGGCGGGCCGGUUUCCGGUGCCGGUGCUGAACCGGCUGGUGUUGGUCCCUGGGGUCCGGUGUCGCCCUGCCCCCCCCGCCCCGCCUGCUGCGCGGUCACGUUCCUCGCGCUCCCGGGAGCCUCGGGAGCCGCGCUGCGGCCCCGGGCGGGCGGAGGGGCAGGCCCCGGGGCGGCCGUGCGCCCUGUGCGGCAGGACGUGGUUAAACCCGGCACGGAUCUUCCUUCCUUCAGGGGUUUUCAGCAAGGAACACUUCCCAGUAAAAGACCGGGCAACUGCUCGUCCAGCUCACUGCGCCCUCCAUUCUAACCAGUCUCUGCUUUUCUGUCUCAGGCUUUGCACAGCAGCUAUAAAGACAGAAACUGACUUCCUGGCCUGACUUCCUAAGCCGUGUCCAGAGCCUUUUUGAGAGGAGUCUUGGCACGAAGAUGAGUACCAUCAACUCACAGGUUGAUGAUGAUACCUUUAAAAUACUUAUUGCUACUGAUAUUCACCUUGGCUAUUUGGAGAAGGAUCCAGUGCGUGGAAAUGAUACCUUUGUAACUUUUAAUGAGAUUCUGGACCAUGCUCAAAAAAACGAAGUAGACUUUGUUUUAUUAGGUGGAGACCUUUUUCAUGAAAACAAACCUUCCAGAAAAACAGUACACUCUUGUUUGGAGUCACUAAGAAAAUACUGCAUGGGUGAUCGUCCUGUUCAGUUUGAAAUUUUAAGUGAUCAGGCAGUUAAUUUUCAUUGUAGCAAGUUUCCGUGGGUGAAUUAUCAGGACAGAAAUCUCAACAUUUCCAUUCCGAUUUUUAGUAUUCAUGGCAAUCAUGAUGAUCCCACAGGGGCAGAUGCACUGUGUGCAUUGGAUAUUUUAAGCUGUGCGGGAUUGUUGAAUCACUUUGGACGUUCAUCUUCUGUGGAGAAAAUAGAUAUUAGUCCUAUUUUAUUGUGUAAGGGCAGGACAAAAAUUGCUUUGUAUGGCUUGGGAGCUAUUCCAGAUGAGAGAUUGUAUCGUAUGUUUGUCAAUAAACAAGUAACCAUGCUGAGACCAAAGGAAGACGAAGAUAGUUGGUUUAACUUGUUUGUGAUUCAUCAAAAUAGGAGCAAACAUGGAGCUACCAAUUACAUUCCAGAGCAGUUUUUAGAUGACUUUAUUGAUCUUGUUGUGUGGGGUCAUGAACAUGAGUGCAAAAUAUCUCCAUUCCAAAAUGAACAGCAGCAGUUCUAUGUUUCUCAGCCAGGAAGUUCAGUGGUGACAUCUCUGUCCCCUGGAGAAGCUGUCAAGAAGCACAUCGGUUUGCUGCAUGUUAAAGGGAAGAAAAUGAAAAUGCAGAAGAUUGCUCUAGAGACAGUGAGAACUUUCCACAUGGAAGAUAUUGUUCUAGCUGAUCAUCCAGAUCUUUUUAAUCCCGACAAUCCUAAAGUAACUCAGGCAAUACAAGCAUUCUGCACGGAAAAGGUUGAAUUGAUGCUGGACAAUGCAGACAGAGAACGCUUGGGAAAUCCGCGCCAGCCAGAGAAGCCUCUCAUAAGAUUGAGAGUUGAUUAUACUGGUGGUUUUGAGCCAUUCAGUGUCCAUCGUUUCAGCCAGAAGUACAUGGAUAGGGUGGCUAAUCCCAAAGACAUCAUACACUUUUUCAGGCAUCGUGAACAAAAAGAGAAAAAUGACAGUGAUCUUGAUUUUGGAAAGCUCGUUAGCAGACCUGCUUCUGAAGGGAUGACACUGAGGGUGGAAGACCUUGUAAAGCAGUAUUUCCAGACAGCAGAGAAGAAAGUGCAGCUUUCACUUCUAACUGAAAGAGGAAUGGGAGAAGCAGUGCAGGAGUUUGUGGACAAAGAGGAAAAAGAUGCCAUAGAAGAGCUGGUGAAAUUUCAGCUAGAAAAAACACAGAGGUUUCUUAAGGAGCGUCGCACUGAUGCAGAGGAAGAGAAAAUAGAUGAGGAGGUGCGAAAAUUCAGGGAGAGUAGAAAAAAGAAUGCUGAAGAAGAGGAUGAGGAAGUCCGUGAGGCAAUGACCAGAGCUCGAGCCCACAGAUCAGAGGAUGAAAUUCUUGUUGCAGCCUCCAGUGAUGAAGAACUCAUGGAUACAGGGAUGAAAGGCUUUGGUGAUUCAGAUGAUGUCCUUCCCUCGACAGCGACCCGAGGAAGGGGUCGGGCAAGAGGCAGAGCAAGAGGUGCAAGAGGACAAAAUUCAACAGCAAGAGGUUCAUCUCGAAGGGGAAGAGGAAGCACUACCCAAGAGUCAGCUACUGGCAGCAGAGCCUACAAGCCUGUAUCUGUGCCUGCCAAGAAUAAGUCCAUCAUAGAUGCCUUUAGGUCUUUGAAACCUGAGUCUUCCUUGAAUUCAUCAAAGUCUUACUCUGAGGAUAUUAUAGAUGAUGACUCUGAUCUAGAAGAGAUUUCUAUUACUCCUUCUCCCAGAGUAAAUCAAAGGUUAUCAACUACAUCUUCACUGAGUAAAAGAGGUUCACAAAGCCAAACAUCUAGAGGCGUCGAUUUUGAGUCAGAUGAGGAUGAAUUUGAUCCGUUCAAAAGCACUGCGACGUCAAGAAGAGCUAAGUGAUUUCAGGCUCACUGUACAAGAGAGACUGUGAAAGUCAGUGAAGAAAAUGGAAAGCAGUUUGCAAGGCAUUUUCUAUGUGACAUUUCUCUGUAAAUGAGGGCUUGCCUCCAAUUUUCACCUCUAUGAAAUGUUUUUUGUUUGGGGUUUUUUUGCUCAGUGGCACCAAAUUUGAUAUGAUUUAGGUGUUCUGUUGCUUGAUGCACUAGACUAGAGUGUCUAAUAUUCUGAAGUACUGCCUGAAACCAGAAGUUCUUCCUAAAGCUUCUAAAGGCCUGUUUUCUUGCAAGGGAUGAUAAUGUAAAUAAGUGAUACCUUUUAUAGAAAACUCCAUCUCAUGGGCUUAAUUUUGCAGAGAAGUAAAUUUAUGGUAGUAUGCAAACAUGGAUAUGAACACAGACUCAGUCAGGGUUAUGAAACUUGUUUUUAAUGGCAAUUUUCUACAGAUACGUUUGAAAACUGAAGAGUAGUAGUUUGACUCAAAAAUACAGUUUUCAGUACUGAAGAUGGAAAAUGUUCUAUUAAUUUCAACUACACUGGGAGAACUAAACCUGGUAUUGCACUGUUAUUAAAUGUCAUAGUGUAUGGAAGUGAAGCCAGCUCUUUAAUUCAAGAAGUGCCAAAGGCUUCAGACUGAAUUGUGUUGUCAGCUUUUUUACCCAGUAAAUAAGAUGUAAGAGCUAGAACUCUCACAGCUUUACAAGGACUGCUGUGUGAAGAAAAAAGCAAUUGAGCCAGUAAUGGGCAGGACAUUGCUUCUUUUUCUUAGCUGGCAUUUUUUCAGGUACUGUUUCUUCAGCCCUCUGCUUCAGUAACCCUCCUAAAAUAUAAUUCGUAUUUUUCAAAUACUGUCCAAAUGAGGCUUUUAAAAUACAGUAUUGGAUCCACAGUGGGGGAACCACUCCUUGUGGUGAAGGAACCAAGGCCUAAACCUAAUCUUCAUUCUCUCAUUCUACCUCUGCACACCCCACUCCCCAAAGAGUGCUGUUCUGAAGCUUUGGCCGUGGAAGCUAAUCAAGGAAAAGGCCCAAAGUGCUCAUCAGCCUAUGCCCCAGCAUGUCACAGGAACACUAAAUAUGUGGAGUGGCUGCAGCCAUGUCUUUGUAUUUUUACUUUCUCCUUAAAAGAGCUGGAUUUGGGCAGUUGUGUUUUCUCUGGCUCUCACUGAAGAUGGCUGUGGGUCACUUUGCCUGCAUAUAUGCUGUAGCAGGGAACCUUGACCUUCCUGAAGACUCAUUAAAGUUACCAAGACCUGCUAGUUUCUAGUGUAGAUCUUAGUAGCAACUUAUAAAGCAGUGGGAUGGCUUAAGAUACUUUGCUAGUGUGGCUCUUCUUUUCAUUAAAGGCUGCCAAAGCUAUAAUAUUACCUAUGCAAUUAAAAAGCUGCUGUAAAUACCCUUCAAGAUGAGGGUUUAGGUUUUUGUUUGCUUUUUUAAAAAUAAACUAUUUCUGUUAAUUAAA